AUGUCCAGCCCCUGGCGCCCAGGGAAGCGCAUUGCCCAGGAAGCCUGGAGCAUGAGAGCCAACGAGGCAAAGCCGUCACCGUCUGCUGGCCAGCUGCUCCUGCCGCCGCAGCCGCCGCCGCAGCACCGCGCCGCCGCCGCCUUCCUCGCCACCUGCCUCGACCUGCUCGACAGCUUCUCCCUGCUGGAGCUGGUGCUGCAGCCCGGGCGGCCGGCGCCGCUGCCCGCCCCGCUGCGCUACCUCCUCAUCGCCGUCUACUUCCUCUGCCUGGCCUCGCCGGUGCUGUGGCUCUACGAGCUCAGCGCCGCCCGCCCCCCCGGCGCCGCCCGCCUCGCCCUCCACCUCCUGCUGCCCGCCGGGCUGCUGGACGCCCCGCUCCUGGCGCUCCGCUGCCUCCUGCUCCUGCGCUACCAGCAGCCGCUCUCCCUCUUCAUGCUCAAGAACCUCUUCUUCCUGGCCUGCCGCGGCCUGGAGGUUCCCGCCGCCGUGGCCGAGCCAGGGGAAGGGGACGCGGGCUCCCCCGGCGGACUCUCGCUCUCCUCCUCCCUUUCCCGCGGACAAAUCCGGCGGCCGAAGCUCAGCGCAAACCCGACUACCUGCAGGAGCCUACGGCUGACGCUCGGUCCCCGAAAACGCGCCUGCCCUUUGCCCCAAGUCUUCUUCUAG